GUUACAUUAUGUAAAGUACAAUUAUGCAAGUCUACUUGCUUUCUUUGCCUACGCGUUCCCCCUCUCUCUCUAAAAAUUAAAAAAUCGCCUCAACUCACUCCUACUCCGUGCCCCUUUCCUAGGGUUUCAAGCGCCGCUCUGCUUUUCCGAUAAGAUAUGGCUACAGAGAUCACCUAUAUUCUAUUAAAUGCACAAUCAGCGGAUGGGACAGUGAGGAAGCAGGCAGAAGAAAAUUUGAAGCAGUUCCAAGAGCAGAACCUCUCUAAUUUUUUGGUGUCCCUAGCUGGGGAACUUUCUAAUGAUGAAAAACCUGUUGAUAGUCGUAGAUUAGCAGGUUUGAUUCUUAAAAAUGCAUUGGAUGCCAAGGAGCAGCAUAGAAAGUUUGAGCUUGUCCAAAGAUGGCUGUCACUUGAUGUGGUUGUCAAGGAGCAGAUCAAGACAUGUUUGCUCAAGACACUUUUUUCCCCUGUACCUGAUGCGCGAUCAACUGCAUCACAAGUUAUUGCUAAGGUUGCUGGCAUUGAGCUUCCGCAGAAACAUUGGCCUGAGUUGAUAGUAUCACUGCUGGGAAACAUUCAUCAGGUUCCUGUACAUGUCAAGCAAGCCACUCUAGAAACACUUGGGUAUUUGUGUGAAGAAGUCUCUCCAGAUGUUGUUGAGCAAGAUCAGGUAAAUAAGAUACUUACGGCUGUUGUUCAGGGUAUGAAUGCAUCCGAAGGGAAUAAUGAGGUGAGGCUUGCUGCUACCAGAGCACUAUAUAAUGCUCUUGGCUUUGCUCAGGCAAAUUUUACCAAUGAUAUGGAGCGUGAUUAUAUUAUGAGAGUCGUUUGUGAGGCAACUUUGUCCCCAGAAGUGAAGAUUCGACAAGCGGCGUAUGAGUGUUUGGUUUCCAUCUCAUCAACGUAUUACGAAAAGUUAGCUCCUUAUAUUCAGGACAUCUUUAACAUUUCGGCCAAGGCUGUAAGGGAAGAUGAAGAGGCUGUUGCUCUUCAAGCAAUGGAAUUUUGGAGUUCGAUAUGUGAUGAGGAGAUCGAUAUUCUAGAAGAAUAUGGAGGUGAUUUUACUGUUGCAGAUUCGGAUAUUCCCUGCUUUUAUUUUAUCAAGCAGGCACUUCCAGCCCUUGUGCCUUUGUUGUUGGAAACUCUUCUUAAGCAAGAAGAAGAUCAAGACCAGGAUGAAGGUGCCUGGAAUCUCGCUAUGGCUGGGGGAACCUGCCUUGGUUUGGUUGCACGGACAGUGGGAGAUGAUAUUGUACCUCUUGUCAUGCCAUUCAUUCAAGAACAUAUAGAAAAUUCUGACUGGAGAAAGAGAGAGGCAGCCACUUAUGCAUUUGGUUCAAUAUUGGAGGGUCCUUCUCCUGACAAGUUAACUCCUAUUGUCAAUGUUGCUUUGAAUUUCAUGCUCACUGCAUUAACAAAGGACCCCAACAACCAUGUGAAGGACACAACUGCUUGGACACUUGGGAGAAUAUUUGAAUUCCUUCAUGGUUCAUCUAUGGAGACCCCUAUUGUCAACCAGGCUAACUGCCAACAGAUUAUUACGGUGCUUCUCCAAAGCAUGAAGGAUGUUCCAAAUGUCGCAGAGAAGGCCUGUGGUGCUCUGUAUUUUCUUGCACAAGGUUUUGAGGACGUGGGCUCGUCCUCUCCUUUGGGUCCAUAUUUUCAGGAGAUUGUUCAGGCCCUUCUAACUGUCUCCCAUAGAGAAGACGCUGGGGAGUCUCGCUUAAGGACUGCUGCAUAUGAGACGUUGAAUGAAGUGGUGCGUUGUUCGACUGAGGAAACAGUCCCCUUGGUGAUGCAACUAAUUCCUGUCAUUAUGAUGGAGCUUCACAAUACUCUUGAGGCCCAAGUACAGAAGCUUUUUUCAGAUGAGAGAGAGAUGCAGAAUGAACUACAAGGUCUUCUCUGCGGGUGCUUACAAGUAAUUAUUCAGAAGCUUGGAGCAUCAGAACAAACUAAAUAUGCCUUAAUGCAGUAUGCAGAUCAGAUAAUGAAUCUUUUCCUCCGGGUUUUUGCUUGCAGAAGUGCAACUGUGCACGAGGAAGCUAUGCUUGCCAUUGGGGCCCUCGCAUAUGCAACAGGCCCUGAUUUCCUAAAAUACAUGUCAGAGUUCUACAAGUAUGUGGAAAUGGGCCUUCAGAAUUAUGAUGAGUAUCAAGUGUGUGCAGUCACAGUUGGGGUGGUGGGUGAUAUAUGCAGGGCGUUGGAGGACAAGGUGUUGCCCUUCUGUGAUGGUAUUAUGACCCAGCUCCUGAAGGACCUAUCUAGCAACCAGCUGCACCGGUCUGUAAAGCCUCCAAUAUUUUCAUGCUUUGGUGAUAUAGCACUGGCUAUAGGAGAGAAUUUUGAGAAAUAUUUGAUGUAUGCUAUGCCAAUGCUUCAGAGUGCAGCCGAGUUGUCUGCCCACACCUCUGGUGCUGAUGACGAAAUGAUUGAGUACACAAAUCUUUUGAGAAAUGGUAUCUUGGAGGCUUAUUCUGGGAUAUUUCAAGGCUUCAAGAACUCUCCUAAAACUCAGCUGCUGAUUCCAUAUGCACCGCAUAUUCUUCAGUUCUUGGAUAGCAUUUAUAUGGAGAAAGAUAUGGAUGAUGUUGUGAUGAAGACUGCCAUUGGCGUCCUUGGAGAUUUAGCCGAUACACUUGGGAACAGUGCAGGUGCGUUGAUUCAGCAAUCAGUGUCGAGCAAAGACUUUUUGGAUGAAUGCUUGACUUCUGAGGACAAUUUGAUUAAAGAAUCUGCCGAGUGGGCCCAGUUAGCCAUUAGACGUGCAAUAUCUGUUUAAGUCUUGCUGUGUCUGCUUGGUAUAGUUUACCUUUAAUUUCGAAGUCCGUGCAUGCAUAUGGGUCUGUCGAGUCAGGGUCCACGUGUCAGGUCAUUGCCAUUUCUAACAGCAGAAGGUGUCUUUCAUGUGUCACUAACUCAUGCAUCAGCACUAUAGAUUGGGUUCUUUCAUUGUCAGCAGAUGGAGGGUAAUGCCCUGUAAUGGUUAUUAAAUGACUGAUUUAGUGAUACCGUGCUGGAAACUUGGGUUUUUUUCUGAAUUGGAGGGGGGAAAGGGGUUAUGGAAAUGCAAGUGUACUGCUGGAUAGACAGACCUCUUGGCGUCUUCUUCCUGAUGAACUAUCUGGAGGUACAACUGAUGCCCUCAGGAGAGCUGGUCCUGCCAUUUUCUCCAGCUGGUACAAAUUUGAAUGUGCACAAACAAUGGACGACUUCCAUGACAUAAAGACGCUCUACCAAAUUUUCAUUCAUUACCCAUUUUAUAUUUUAUAUGCUUUCACUUAUCUGUGUUCGGUCAGUUUCAUCAUUCAUGUGUUGCAUUGGUCCGAGUCGUCUUCAUCAGGUCCGUCAAAGUCGAAUUGCAUGCCUGCUUUUUGUCUUCACAUUGUAUCGCCCAUCUUUAUAUAUAAUUUUACUUAUCUCCUACUGUCAGUGUCGUGUCCUGCAUCAGUCCGAGCCGUCUAAGGUCCGUCAGCAUUUAGAUUGCAUACCUUGUUAAGUUUUGUAUGUGGAGGACAUUGGUAUAUCCAUAUAUUUAGAUAGGUCACUUCAUUUUGCAUUUUUCCUGGUUGAUUAUGGUCAGCCUAGGGUAGGUUUGCUAGAUUUCAUGUGUAUGCAUCCGUGAAAACUUGUGUGCUUCUAUCUUCCUUGUUAAUGAAGUGCAGUUCUUUUUC